AUGGAAACGCAACUAUGUCGAAAGGUGGUGCACAUCGGAAGGACGCGACCCGGAAGGAGGCCCUACUGGCAGCCAGCUCCAGGGAGGCAGGCGGGAGCUCCUGGGGGCCUUAUGGAGAUGUCAGGGCCUGCUGGAGUCAAACACGACACGGCGGGUACCCUGCAGUCAAUCGCCCGGGGCCCCCCGCCCCCCCCAGUGCCACUGCCGCCGUACCAGCAGCCACAGGAGCAGUCGCCUCCAGGAGGCCCCCCGGCUGCACCCCACGCCGUGUGGUUGUAUUCCUCGUCCAUCACUCAGGAGCUAUCGCAGGACGGCUAUUUGCUGGACCUCGGGGAGCUCGUGGAGGAUGAGCAGUACGGCCUUGACUGGUUUGGUGUCGGACAGUCGUACCGCCUGCAUGUCGUACCUUAUGCUGGACGUAAAUUUGCAAUUCCCUUGGACGGCACGCUGCUGCACCUCUUUUACCGAGAGGACGUUCUGGAGGCGCUUGGCCUGGCCCAGGUUCCGCAAACCUGGACUCAGCUCGUGGAGUUUACCUUGUCGUACACGGCGUUAUUAGCGUCGUCGUCUUCCCCUAGCGGAGGGGGAGCUACGUCCGCAGGGUCGUACUCCCACCAGUCGCUGCCGCCGUACCCAAUAUGCAUUGCGCAAGACUUUGGAUGUCGUCAUGAGUCCUACCUCCAGGCCAUCUGGUCCAGUCUGGCACAGACCCACGGGUCAUCCCAGCCCAUCCACUUCGAGCCCGCCACCAUGCGGCCGCUGCUGGACGGACCGGCCAGCGCCGCAGCCUUCCGCAUCCUGGCCCAGCUGCUGGCUACCUCUGCCCCGCCCGAGGCGGGCGAGGGGUGCAGUCAGGGCAGUCUGAGCUUUGCCCGGGGGAAAUGUGUAUUGGCUCUGGGGGGAUUCGUACAGCAAAUGCAGAUGCUAGCCGAGUCACGUGCCAACGGUACGGGAUUGCCACCAGGAGCUGUCGUACGGGUUUCGGAGCUGCCCGGAUCGGAGCUGGUCUCCUCAGUCCCUCCGCAGGUGGCUGCGGAAGAGGAGGGCCUUACGCCAUGUACGGCUGACUCAUGUCCGUACGCCACAAGAGUCACAAUCAACGUCGCGGCGGGGGCGGAGGUGGAGGCGGAGGCGGGUGGUGUUGCUGGUUUGGGUGCGGCUCUCCCUGCCCCACCGCCCGGGUCAAGUCUGGACAUCUGGGUAGCGGCGGGGUACGACACGGAGCUGAUGCGGACUGCCAUGCCGGUGCUGUACGGCAGCAUGACGCAUGCUAAUAUAGCUUGGGGGCUUCGCAUGCCCGGACAGCAUGUUUACUCCAACUUCCUUGGCGACGUCAUCGGAUCGAUCCUGACCGGCAACAUUUCUGUGGAGCCAUGGAUUUCCGCUUCUUUGUCUGCCGGCGCCGGCGCACCUCCCCCCAAAUCGGAUCCCAGCAGCCCCACACUGCCCCGAGUGCUGUCCGCUGUAAGGGCGGAGCUGGCGGACUAUUACAAGGGCGAGAACGCUUCCCGUCUGUACGAGGUGUCCCGUCAGCCCUGGGUGUUUGCCGCCCUCACCGGCAGCAAUUGCAACGCACGAGUACAGCAAGCCACCGCCGUACCGCCACCGCGCAGCGAUACGUCGAGGUCUCACUCUCGUCACGUGCCGCUACUGCCAGUGCUGCUAAGCGCCCUGGUGCCGGGUGCGCUGCUACUGCUGGCGCUGGGCCUGGGUCUGCUACUGCUGGUCGGGAUGCAGUCCGAUGGCGGCGGUUGGCGGUUGGUUCCGUUUGCCGCCGGCGGCUCCUCGGGCGGCUCCUGGUGGUCCUCCGGAGAGCUCAGUGCGGGCGGGCCCUGCGGUGGUGGCGGUGUGGCGGUUUGGGAGGACUCCCCCCCCCACCAGCGCCACCACCGCCACCCCCCCCAGCACCUCCGUGGGCUGUGGGGCUGUCUGGUGGUGGCUCGGCGGGGCGCCCGGAAGGUGCACCUGCCCGGUGCGGGGUCGGAGGUGGUCUUGUGUGUUACAGACAUACAGGAUUCGACAGCUCUGUGGGAGAGCCUGCCUGCGGACACCCUGGCUAGAGCGGUGGAUAUCCACCACCGCUGUGUACGGCGACUGGCACUGAGGCACGGGGGGUAUGAGAGCUCCACUGAGGGCGACUCGUUCAUCUUGGCGUUCAGCUCGGUUCGUGCCGCAGUGGGUUUCGCCCUGGAGCUGCAGAGCCAGCUGCUGCUCGCACCCGGCUGGCCCAAACUGCUGCUGGAGCAGGAGGUCUGCAAACCCGUCUACACGCGUCUGCCCGCGGGCUUUCCCUUCAGUUUGCACGCGUCAAGCCAGGCCUCAACCACGACCUUGUCACCGAGAGUACGGAAAGUACGGAAAUCCUCGUGGGGAGGGGAAGCGCUGGCGAACGCAGCGGCAGCAGCAGCGGCGGCGGCUGCGGGACCUGCAGCGGCGGCGGCUGCGCCGUCCAGCUUAGCAGAGGAGCAGGCGCAGGCCAACGGCCGCGGAAGCCGUGGCGGCGCCGCCGCAGAUGCCGUACUGGCCACUUCACCACGCGCAUGCGGCAACAGCGAUGGCGGUGCAGCGGCACGGCGGGUCUCAGCGGCGGUGCCGCUGGUGCCGUACACCGUCAGACCGCUGAGCUCGACGGGGACCAUGGCGCAGCAGCCCCCUCGCUGGGAGCUCCGGCAGCUUCCCUCCCCGACCUCAUCCGGGGCCACCACCCCCACCUGGGGCCCGAACGGGGCUUCCACCCCCCGAGGGACAUUCCCUAGAGGACGAAGCCUCACCGACAUGACGUAUCAUGCCGUACAGCAGCAGGACUCGAUCACUAUCACCGGCGGCGGUGGCGCUGGCGGCAGCAGCUAUCGCAGCGAGUUGCAUCCGUUACCGGAGGCUGCUGAUGCUUCCGCCGCCCCCCGGGAGGUCACGUCGGAUCUGCCGGGUGGCGGCGGCGGCGGCGGCCCCGCAGUGACGAUGUCCAUUUGGUGUGGUGGUGGGAAGACCUGCUCGUCUGGGCUGCUGAAGAAGCAGUUGUCUUGGUUGGGUGAGGCGGCGGGCGGCGGCGACAUUAUCACGGCCCGGCCGCCCGGGUUCGUGGGGGCAGCCGGGAGCGGCAGUCAGAGGGGUCCGGCGGCUAGGAGUCGAGUGCUGUGCAGUGCCGUGGGGGGGGAGGAGGAGGAGCAGGAAGAGGAGCAGGAAGAGGAGCAGAGGCACGGAGUGGUGGUGGGGGUGACGACGUUAUCGGAUGACACGGACAUGCAACAGCCUCCACGUCAGCCUCAGCUACAGCCUCAGCUACAGCCUCAGCAGGAGCAGCAGGAGCAGCAGGAGCAGGAGCAGCAGGAGGAACAAGCACAAGGGGACGGUGACAGCGACCAGCUGCCGGUGUGGUGCGACAGUGGCCCCCUGGCGGCGGCACCAGACUUCUCCAUGUACAGCAACGCAACCUACGUCCCCACGGCCCACGGUGCGGGCGGGGCUGGCGGCUCCGUCAGCUUGACCAGCGGCGUGCGGGGGGGACUGUGGGACGAGGGCGACGGCGAGUUCAUAAGCUCUGCGAGUAACGCCGUCAUCUCCCGCAGGAGUUUCCAAAACAGGACACAGAAUGUGCCGCUCAGCUGGGGGGUGGGCGGGGCACCCUCGGGGCCCGCCGCCGCCGUAACGCCCGCAAUGGCAACCAUUCGGGGAGGAGGAGGUCUAGGAGGUGGUCGCGGCGGUGGAGGUAGUGGUGGUGGUGGUGGUUGUCGUACUCUUCUCGAAGUGCUGCGGACCGCAGCCGCUGCCGGAAUGGCGGGCAGUAGCAGCAGCGGCCUGAGCGGCUAUGCCAGGACGUCACAGAGUCAGCAGCUACAUGCACAACACAACCAACAAAACAACCGCCAUCUCAACCACCACAACCACCACCACGAGCACCUGAUGUUCAGGGGCCUUCGUGUCCGCAUCGGCAUCUCGGUUGCCGUACCUACGGCGGCGGAGCUGCAGUACAACGCUGCCGCAGCACGCAUGGUGUACGGCGGUCCCUGCGCGGCGGCGUGCAAGGCCCUGGCGGACCUGGCCCACGGUGGUCAGGUGCUUCUGAGCUCCGGAGCGCACCGGGCGCUGGCGGCGGAGUGCCAGGGGCUGGGGGGCAAGCCGCCGGGGACAAUGGUGCUUCAGUUGGCCCUCAGGCAGUGCGCAUCGCCGCCACCGCCACCGCCACUGCUGCCACUAACGACCACUUCGCCCACGGCGCUGCGGCCAACUGCCGCUGCCGCCGCCGCCGCCACCGCCGCCACGGAGACGGACGCCGCCGCCAGCCAUGGCGAUGGUUUGAGAAGUGGUUUCCCCUUGAACCCCUUUAAGAGGCAUGGUCCCGAGGUUCCGGAGCUGCACAGCCCGCUGCCCCGGGUUCCGGAGCACGGACCUGGCGCCGCGCUGAAGCAGCAAACGAAGUCUCAACAGCCGCCGCCGCCGCCGCCACAUUUGCAGUCGCUGUUGCAGCGCAAGUUGCUAAACGAGCAAUCUGGACAGCACAACCAGACCCAGACCCAGACCCAGACCAAGCUCCGCGUGGACCUGGAGGGGGUGUACUUGGUGACGUCACCGAGGCUGUCGCAGCGGCUGGCGCUGGUGCCACCUCUGAGGUUUCCCGCGGAUCAGCCGCCUGUGCAGGACGUGUACCGCGCACCGUUGGGCCACGUGUCGUACGUUGUCGUACGGGUUCCGGCGGCGGCGUCGCUAGUGCGAUGGGACAGUCGGGUCGCGGCGGCGUCGUUUCAGUUAUUUGUACGUACGGCGAUUUCGGAGCUGCGCCGUACUCCGGGCUCGUACCUGGUGUCCGCGAGCCCCGCGGAGGUCCGCGCGACCUUCUCCUCUCCCGCACUCGCCGCGACGUGGGCUCUGAAACUGCGAGCCGCUUUGCUGCGGGCCCCGUGGCCGGACGAGCUGCUGCUACAUGAGAUGGGAGAGCCGGUGGAGGCGUACGACAACGCGGAUGGCGGCGGCGGCGGCGAAAUCAGCGGGCCGCACUCGGAGGGCGGCACGCCGCGCAUGCGCUGGACUUCCUUUGCUGCGUUCACGCGGGUCAACGGCUCCCGGGAGGGCAGUGUUCAUCGCUGCGGCGGCGGCGGUAGCGGCAGCCGUGGCGGCAGCGUGUCCGGUACGACCGUGGUGGCGGAGUCGCCGCCGGUGCAGCUGCGACUGCGUGGCAGCGCCCAUCGGCGUAUGUCCGGCAGGCCCAGCGACACCCGGGCGGCUUCGCGGGCCGAGCUGUUCUCCACGGGGAGCGAGAUGGAGGAGCCCGCGGGACCUGACUCCGAGUGCGGAGCAGCGCCGCUGCUGGCAGCAGCAGCUACAGCCGCAGGAGGUGCAGCUAAAGCCACAGGCCAUAUCAUGGGUGUUGAAGCACAGGCAGUCACUGGUAACAGCAGGAGUAGCAGGAGUAGUGGCAGUAGCCGCAGUGUGGACCGCCAGACCCGGGCGUUGGCUUUGCUGGCGGAGCACCUCCUCCGAACUACAGGGACGGCGGCUGAUGUCGCGGAAGUGGGCGAGUGCGAAUCGGCGGACAGCGGUAACGAGGGCGGCGGCGGGGGCGGCGGCGGCGGCUGUAGCGCCCCAGGCUGUCACCUUCCCAACGGCCCUGGUGGCUCACCGGGCGAACUGUCGGCCCUGGGAGGGAGGGGGCAGAGCCCGAUGGGCCUGUGUGCUGUACGGCGAGCCACCGUCGACGGCGCCGUAUCGUUGUCGCCGGCGCCGCCGUCACUGCCGUCAUCAGCCCCGGCCCAGCGGCAGCCGUCGCAGCAGCCGCCCCGAGUGGCAGCGCUCUCUUCGGAGUUCGGUUCGCGGGGGCGAGGAGGCCACCCGGACGCCGGGGGACUUGGUGCGGCCGCCAGUGCUACAGCCACCGGGGCGGCAGCUGGCGGGGCUGUAUCACCCCCCCCGUCGCGGCAGCAGGCGGCCGGGGAGGGCAGGGGGACGGGGAGGCUGAUCUUCCGGGGGCUGAGGGCGGUCUCCCGGGCUGUACGGCUGUCCGAGGUGGCGCCAUGCGGCGAGGUGCUUUGCGACCGGGGCACUCAGAGGGGCAUACUGCAGCUGCAACAGCUGCCACACCCGCUGGACAGGGUGCAGCAGCAGCAGGAGGAGGAGGAGGGCGAGGGGGAGGGGGAGGCGGAGGGGGCGCUGCCGCACUCAAUUGUGGUUCCGAUGGCCUCAGGAGGUGCUCAGUUGCCGUCCCGCUCCUCCCCGUAUAGAACCCGUACCCCCACAACACCCAGUCUGAGCAGUCCUCUGGCCCAGCUACUAUCACCAUCACCACCACCGCCCUCGCCGCAGCAGGGGCAGCCACCACCUGACGCCACUCCCGGUGAUGGUGGUGGUGGGGGUGGUGGGGAUGAUGAUGUGGUGGUGGCGGAGCGGGUAGCGGCUCGGGAGCUGCAGCUGGUUCGCCUGGUCGCCAGAUCCCGGCUGUCAGUGCGGGCCAUGGACGAAGUCUUCGUGUGCCAGUUCCGUUCCCCGGGUGUGAACGACCCGCCUGCUCCGGCGGCGACCCUCUGCCGUACACGAGUGCUAACCCGCCCGCAGUCACCCCCGCCACAGCACCCCCUGACUCCCCGGCCCGCCCCGGCUGCCGGGGCCCCGGGGGCCGCCGUGCCCCAUGUCUCCGCGCCGACUAACCUGGUGGCGGCCCGCGGCAGCUGCUCGGCGGCCUCACCCGCGAUCACACCGCCGCCGCCGCCGCCGCCGUGGCCGAUCUGCCCGCCGCCGCGGCUGCAGCUACCGUCCAGGACCUCCCUACCGCUCACCCUGGGCAGCAGCCCCCGGGGGCCCGCGUACAGCCCGACGGCACAGCAAAGCCCACCUUACCCCCGAUUGGCUCUCAUGCCGGAGCCCCUGGACCUGGACCUUACCGCCAGCAGCGGUAACGGAAUUAGUAACGGUAACGGUAACGGCCGGGGAGGAGUUGCCAGUGUCAACUUUGGCGGCGGCGCACGGCAUGCCGCCGGAGGCCGUUACGGACGGCGGUCUACAUUGCAGCCGUACCAUGCCGUACUAGAAAUGAACAACAACAGUGACGAGCAUCAGCAUGCCAGGCUGGUUGUUGGGUGUGGGGGGCGGCGUGGGGGCGGGGCUUCCUGCCCCGGGCUCCUCCCUUCGCACCACCAACCGUCUUCAUCUCCCGGUGGACCAAUGGGUUCCGGAGCCGGUUUCGGAACUAAAUCCAGAGCUGGAUGUGGUCCCGGAGCCACCGGGCCCAACCUGCAGCUUUGCUUACAGCGAAAUAUGGGGCCCGCCGUCAGCGCCGCCGCCGCCGCCACCGCCACGGGAUUUGCUACCGGUGGCAGUAGCGCUUGCGGGGACGUCCUCAUCAUGCCGCCGGCUGCUGUAGCCGCCGCCUCCGGGGCGACGGAGGCGUCGGCGCCGCCGCCGCUGACGCGGCAUGCUAGCGGGUGGUCCUCCCUCUCCGGAGCCAGCGACUGCGGCUUGGGGCCAUCGGUGAUGUUGUACACGCCUGGCGGAGGCGGAGGCGGAGGCGGCAGUACGACAGCGCCAUCGUCGGGCUUACUGAGCACCGCCAGCGCCCUGCAGCACUCCUCCAUUGUACGAAUGUCACCCGGCCAGCGCUUUGCCGGUCGCUCCGUAACCACUGAUGGCCACAUGCCGUACAUAAUUUGUGAGCGGGUAGAUGAGGAGGUCGAGGGCUUUUCCGAAGGUGCCAGCAUCACGGUAGCCGAGGGGGGCCGGGGGGCGGGUGGCGGCAGCAGGGAGAGUGGAUGUGGACUGAUUAGAAAUCAGAAAGCUGACACGGAAUCGAACACGCGAUCUCGGCCGGCAGCGUGGACGCCUGGUCCUGGCAGCAACUACGGAGGCUGUAGCUUUCAAGGCGGUGCGGCGGCAGCGGCGGCUGUAGCGGCUGCUGGGCCCCACCCCGGCGGCGCCGCCGCCGCUGCGGAGCUGGCGCAGUGCGGCCCCCGCGAUUCCCCCCCGCGAACCCCCGGUGGCGGCAGUAGCUGUAGCGAUCAGGAUAACGCCAACAAUAAUGCCAACGACGACGAUGACAUGACUGGUUGGCUGCCGGGGAAUUCGGGUCUAGGUCUGGCGGCGGCAGUGGCGGCGGCGGCGGCAUACAGCAGUAGCGGCAGUGAUAGGCAGCAGGAACUGCCACCUCAUGUACGGCACGGCGCAUUUGCGUCACACCGCGUAUCCGCGUCUGCGUCAUUCGGGGCUGGUUUCGGAGCCGCUGCCCCCGGGGCCGCCCCGCUUGCUGCGGGCCUGACGGCAGGAGCUGCACAGGGUACGGCAACGGCGGUGGUGGCUCCGGGGCUGCCGACGGAGAGGUGGUUACCUUCACAGCAGUCGGCGCGCACUUGGCGCCGGAGUCCGUCGUCCGAACGGGGAGAGCCGCUUCGUGGCGGCGGCAGCGGCAGCGGCAGCGGCGGCGGCGGCGGCGGCGGCGGCGGCGGCCUGCGCGGGUACCGCUUUGUAGAGGGGUUUGGCGGCGAGGUUAUUGAUCGCGAAGUGGUGGUGGAAGGAGAAUUUGAGUUUAUGCCGCCAUCAUGCGGUCGGGGUUGGUCGGGGCCUGGUUCUAGGCGAGGUGGCGGCGGGCGGCAGGGCGACUGCGGGCUUCGGGCGGAGGCGACAGUGCGUUCGCUGGCCCAGGGGAGGCUAAUGGCGCAGAUGGCGGCGGCGGCGGCGGCGGGGCCGUUUACGGUGGUAAAGCCCGAGGCGGUCGGGACCAUACCGCCGCAGUCCCUGCCGCCCAUGUCUCCCGCCAUACUCCUGAGGAUUGGCAGCAGCGGCCGUCGCGGCAGUGUAACUUUCAGCGGCAGCUCGCAUCUGUACAACAGCGGCAGCGGCAGCGGCGGUGUCCUGUGCAACCUGCCUACGUUCGCCGGCCUGGCGCAGCUGGGCCCGGGGCCGCCCUCGGAAGCGGGCUCCUGCAGCGCCGGGUCCUCGUUCCGGCUGGCGGCACCCCCCGGUGCCGCCGCCGGGCAGUACCACCUCCCUGAGUGGAAGCAGAUGGAGCGACCCACGGGUCACGGUGAUGGUCACAUACGGGAGGAGGGGUGA